AUCAAUUUCUUUUAUAUAUGAAGCUUUGGGAUGGUGUAACUAAAUUCCUUGUAGUCAUGGAGCUUCAAUUUCAAUCCUUCACCCUUAUCUUAACCUUCCUCCUUUUUCUUUUUACUUCAUUCAAAAUUCUGAAACGACCAGAAGCGCAAACGCCAAACUCGAAGAAGCCUCCAGGGCCAUUGAAAUUACCUCUCAUCGGAAACUUGCACCAGCUGGGAGGCUCUCUACCACAUCACAGAUUAAGAGACUUGGCCAGGAAAUAUGGACCAUUUAUGCACCUACAGCUCGGGGAAGUUUCCAUGGUGGUUGUUUCAUCGCCGGAGUAUGCUAGAGAAGUUAUGAAAACCCAUGAUAUAAACUUUGCGUCAAGGCCUCAAACGGUGGCAACAAAUAUCAUGUCUUAUGACUCUACUGAUAUAAUCUGUUCACCAUAUGGUGAUUAUUGGAGACAGUUACGAAAAAUUUGCACGUUGGAACUUUUUAGCGCGAGAAGAGUCCAGUCUUUCCGAUCAAUUAGAGAGGAAGAGGUGGCUACUCUCAUUGAUUGGGUUGGUUCAAAUGCAGGAUCACCAAUUAACCUUACAGAGAAAAUUGCCUCACUAAUAUAUGGUAUCACUUCCAGGGCAGCUUUUGGUGGCAAAUCCAAAGAUCAAGAAUUAUUCAUUUCAUUGAUGGAAGAAACUUUAAAAGUGACGGCAGGUUUUAGUAUUUCAGAACUAUUUCCUUCCAUUAAUUUUCUCCAAUGGAUCACUGGGGUCAAGUCUCAGUUAGAGAAGCUGCAUCAAGAAGCUGACAGAAUAGUUGAAAAAAUUAUAAAUGACCACAAGAAGAGACGGGAAACGUUAAACAUUGACAAGAGUGGGGAAGCUGAAGAUCUGGUUGAUGUUCUCUUGAAAGUUCAACAGCAUGGUGAUCUUCAAUUUCCCUUAACUAUGGACAACAUCAAAGCAGUGGUCUUGGACAUUUUUGCUGCUGGUGGUGAGACAUCUGCUACAACUAUAGAUUGGGCAAUGUGUGAAAUGAUGAAAAAUACAAGAGUGCUAGAGAAGGCACAAGCUGAGGUGAGGGAAAUCUUCAAUAGAGAAGGCAAGAUCGAUGAAACUAGCGUCGAUGAAAUGAAAUACUUGAAGCUAGUAAUAAAAGAGACUCUAAGACUACAUCCUCCGGCGCCUUUGUUAAUUCCUAGAGAAUGUAGACAGAAUUGUGUGAUUAAUGGAUUCGACAUACCCAUCAAAACCAGAGUCAUUGUCAAUGCAUGGGCAAUAGGAAGAGAUCCAGAAUAUUGGAGUGAACCCGAGAUCUUCAAUCCAGAGAGGUUCCUUAAUCAUUCAGUAGACUACAAGGGGACCAGUUUUGAGUACAUCCCAUUUGGUGCCGGUAGAAGAGUUUGCCCAGGAAUGUCAUUUGGUCUAGCUAACGUUGAGCUUCCCCUUGCGAUGUUUCUCUACCAUUUUGAUUGGAAACUUCCCAGUGGGAUGAAGAAUGAAGAUUUGGACAUGACAGAGGCCUUUGGUAUUAACAGUUGGAAGAAGAGACAACCUGCACAUUAUUCCCAUUCCUUAUCAUCCUCCACCUUCUUCAUCAGCAAAAAAAAGAAACAAAUAAGAAACACAUAAAUUGUUACAUUCUUUCUUAGUGUUUAAAACAACUUCAUUGUUCAUAAAUAAUUCACAGCGGUAGAAAGAUGGGGAUUAAUAAAUCUGUGUAGAGAGACUUGGUAGUGUGACAUUGUGCUGAUCUAACAGAGCAUUACAAUUUGCUUUUGUAUUAAAUUGAGAUUUCUUCUGGCACUUGCAAGUAUUUAUGUCAACUUAUGAAGUUAUACGUGCACAUUCAAUUUUGA